GGUGGUUUUAAUGGGCCUAAGAUUAGGCGAGGGUAGAGCAAACGUGAAACAGAUGGCAGCCACACUCAAUCUCGCGGAUGCGCCUGUUCCUGCUUCCUGUUUCCUGGUCGGGGUCCUGGUCGAUCCUGGGGCAAUCUCAAUGCGCGCGGGAAGGAGCAGGCACCCCGGGUCUUUAUUCACUCGCUGUGAAGGGCGUGUUUACAUUCUGCAAGGCACAACCUCUGGAACACAACCUACGCAGCGCUUGCUGGCUGCGGCCAGCUGGCAAAUUCCAGCCCUCGCAGCCCAUGGCAUCAGCAGCCGCCCGCCGCGGGUGCAAACGGCCGUCAGCCAUCUAUUCGAGGAGUCGAGGCGGUGAUGAAAUCCGGCAACGCUGCAUGUGCGCUGUUUGAUGAAGGGUGAUCUGCUAAUUUGGUGCGGGCCGCUGCUCAUUGGUGGUCCCGCCGCCAGGGCAGGAUCGACUCUGGGUUUGGGAAGGCGCUGCCGUGGGGGAGGCAGGUGCUGGCCCGAGCGCGGCAAGGCCCCAUGGCCAUGUUUGACAUAUUCACCGCACCAGCCUCACAUCCCCGAUCCACCCUCGACACCGCAGCGAUCGUGCCGGGGGUCUAGACACAGGCACGCGCGGGCGCGGGACCAUCGCCCUCCUCAAGCAAUUCACAGCUUGCACGCACGCGCUCGGCGCGCAUGCUGCACGACAUUGGGCCCUGUCGGCACGCACUCACUCCUCGCUCCUGUACCGCGCACGCAGCAUUACCGGCAGGACCGUUGUGGCGCUCCAGCCCCAGACCUCGAGCCUGCCUGGCCCGUUGCACGCCGCAGAAAACAACGACAGCUCAUUACCGAGCAUGCGGUGGCACAUGACGAAACGGUGCGCGAAAAUACAUCCCAGGCAGUUCAUCUAAAUUAUUAUACAACUUCCCGCGUGUGCUCAGGAGAGCGGCCCACGAGUCAACAUUCCUCCGAACGGCGGGGCCUGUCCGCGUCGAUGAGUGGAGAGCAUCCAUGUCGAGCGGCAGCUAAGACCAUGCCUCGUGAUCCUGACGGGACGCAAGAUGAACGAUCAUUUGAUUCUCUGGUCGAGACAUUGCUUCUCAUCUUAGUACCAGGGCGCGUCAGUUGAAAGGCCCGAACGAUUGCGCGGCCUCACACCGCCUACCGGCGCGGUCUCUUUUGUGCGUGCACAUUCGCCGCGUUGCACGAAACGUUGACCACUGUGUCAUCCUUUGAAACUUACUUGCCAAAGAAACGAUCGGUAGCACC